UUAUGUAUAUGUGAUCAUCAUUAAACUAACGGCACAAGAACCGUUAUGUUAAUGUAUACGUGCUUCGUAUUUUUGACAAGUGGUAUGAGUACAGCAUUUCUUGAUUAGCUGUUGGAUGAAAAGGUAGGCUAAGAGGUCACCGCGCUGUUGAGGAUUGAACACCAAGGAAAUAAAAUAAAUAAGAUGUAUUCUUUGGUGAAAUACCAAAAAAACCUCAUCAUACUCAAAUCCAAAGAUGUCAAGAUGAGUGGAUCAAGGACGGCAAUCAUCAAUCAUAAUGGGAAAAAUUGCGUUGCGUUCCUUCUUAAUAAAAGUGACUACAAGACAUUGUCCUUCCAAAAGGAAAAAUUGGAGAAUCAAAAAAGUGCCUCACCAUUUGGAAAAACUACGCAUCGAAGUUGGAAGGAUGAUGAAAAAGCAGCAGCCUUAGCGGCUUUUGGUGACCCAUUGCUUUUACAUCAACUACCCAGCAACAGCGAAUGCCUUUCAGCAAUAAACAAAUGUCCGGCCUUAAGCGAGCGUACACCACAACAGCUAAAAACAUGGAUAGACAAUCAGCGAAGAAAAGAUAUAAGAAAGAAGCGUUUUCAGGAGUCAAAGUUACAGAAACAAAAGCAAACAAAAAAGAAACACAUUCCAAUAACUCUUACUAAAUUUACAUAUUUAUAGCCGAUAAGCCAAUUUUGUAAGGUAGUUAUGUUCUUAACAGAUGUAAACAAUAAAAUCCAACACCAGACAUUUCGCUAAAAAGGACUGUGUUUAAAAAUUUACUCACCAAAUUUUAAGUAAGGAG